ACAUUAACACCAGGCGUGAUUUUCUUCUUCCUUUUAAUAUUUUUCUUUAUUUUUCAUUGGCUUUCUUUUUUAUUGUUUAAUAUUAUCACUGCCGUUGUGUUAGUUCUGACAUUUUGCUUUUUAUUUUUUGUUUAUUUAUUUCAUUUCAUUCAAAAAGCGGACGUUUAUUAUCGGUUUUAGGAGAGUCGUUGCUUUUGAAUUCGCUUUUCUAAACCCUAAUUCUUCAACUCAGAAAAUUUCACGGGAAAGAAUUGGAGCUUUGCGUUGGUUUUUCCCUUUAUAUAUAUUUCAAAAAAUCCGUUUAUUUCUGUAAUAAAAGCGAAAAACCUGAGGUUAAAGUUGCUGUAAUUGUUAUUUAAAGAAAGUUUAUUGCUAACUAGGCUGGAGCCGAAGAGGAAAAAGAUAAUCUAUGGGGGAAGACGCAGGAAGAGGUUUGGAAUGCCAGAAGAUUAUGGAUGGGAAGGGGAAUAAUGGGAAUAGUUCACAGAAGGCUAUCCCUUCUUGUUGCUUGAAGGCUAGGGCUUCAGCCGCUGAGCUUGAGGCUAAAUGCCAUUCUACCGUUGUUUCUGGGUGGUUCUCAGAAUCUCAGUCUUCUUCUGAUAAGGCCGGUAAAAUGGUUUACUUCAACAAUCCUAUGUGGCCCGGAGAAGCACAUUCUCUGAAAGUUGAAAGCAUUUUGUACAAAGCAAGGUCAGACUAUCAAGAGGUUCUCGUUUUUGAGUCAUCAAGCUAUGGGAAAGUGCUUGUUCUUGAUGGUAUAGUUCAGCUGACUGAGAAGGAUGAAUGUGCAUAUCAGGAGAUGAUAACUCAUCUUCCCCUUUGCUCAAUUCCAUCUCCCAAAACUGUUCUGGUUGUGGGAGGUGGUGAUGGUGGGGUUCUUGCAGAGAUUUCUCGGCACAGCUCUGUUGACCACAUUGAUAUAUGUGAAAUAGAUAGGAUGGUUAUAGAGGUUUCUAAGAAGUUCUUUCCAGAACUGGCUGCUGGAUUUGAAGACCCCCGUGUUUGUCUUCAUGUUGGUGAUGCUGUUGAGUUUCUUCGUAAUGUUCCAGAAGGGAAGUAUGAUGCAAUCAUUGUUGAUUCAUCAGAUCCUGUAGGUCCUGCUCAAGAGCUAGUAGAGAAACCAUUUUUUGAUACUUUAGCUAGAGCUUUAAGGCCUGGUGGUGUCCUAUGUAACAUGGCAGAGAGUAUGUGGCUUCAUACACAUCUAAUUGAUGAUAUGAUCUCUAUUUGCCGUGAAAUAUUCAAAGGUUCUGUUCAUUAUGCAUGGGCGAGUGUUCCAACAUAUCCAAGUGGUGUGAUUGGUUUUCUGAUAUGCUCGACAGAGGGGCCAGCAGUUGAUUUUCUGAAUCCCAUUAACCCUAUUGAAAAGUUAGAAGGAGCUCAUCAGCAUAAGAGAGAACUUAGAUAUUACAACUCUGAGAUGCAUAAGGCUGCUUUUUCGUUGCCUUCAUUCCUGAAGAGGGAGGUGAGGCUACUUUGCGACUAGCAGGAAUCUGCGUGUCUCCUAGUCCUAAGCAAAUAUGUAGUGAUAACUCCCAUUUGGCAGUAGAGUAAAUAAAAUGUUUUGCCUGCGAUUUGUUUUAUUACACUGAAAACUUAGUGCAGGGCCUUGUUGUAUUCUGUUAUUGAUAUGCAGCAGUGUGUUUGCUUGAUGACAUACAUGUGUUUCAUGUCUUCAGCUCAGAUUAUUCGUAGCAUAAAAAUGAUAUUACAGUGUUGUUUGUUUUCUUGAUGUAGUUUUGUUUGUUUAUGGGAAA